AGAGUGAUUGUGACAUGUUGUAACAAAUAAAUCAAUAACAAUAACGAGUAAGUUGUUCCCAUGACAUUGUUUUGAGUCGUCAUAAAGAUUCGUAUUCUUAGAUCCAAACACAAGGGAACAAAAUACUGGUGUACGUAGGCUAUGUUUGAAGUUCUAUGAGAUUCACUGAAUAAAAUUAUGGAGAGAUUUGUUUUUAUACUCUGUACAUUGGUCGUCUGUAACCUGGUGGUGGGAAUUCCAAUGCGAAAGGGAUUGGUAGAGAGACACAAAAGAGAUGAAGAUACGCCGACUACAACAUUAGCAGCAACAACAGCAAUUGGAACAACAACAGCAAUUGGAACAACAACAGCAAGUGAAACAACAUCAGCGAGAACAACACAUGCAACAACAGCAAUUGAAACAACAGACAGAACAACAGAGAGAUCUGAAAACAACUGGAACGAUGAUCAGCGCAAUGGUGUAGAAAAUGACGUAGAUGUCCCGAAAGAUGACUUAGCACACAACGUCGAAAGUCUACUAGAUGCUGAACCAUCUUAUGUGCAACGUUAUGCUGCCACGGAGAAACCGUUUCCUUGGAAUUUUGGACUGAAGUCUAGAAAAUACGACAGGAAAAAGCAUGGGCCCAAAUUGAGACCCUACAACUAGGAUACAGAAUGAACUAGCCUAGCCUUAUACUGAAUUACAAAAAAACAAUGCCUAGAGCUAGAGGAAUUUUAAUAUUUUAAAGCCUUAGUAAAAAAAAAGUUAACUGAUUGGAACAACAAACAAAUUAACCUGAGAGUGUUUAAGAACAUGUUAUUAAAAAAUCUAAACAAUAAAUGAUCAUAAUGAAAACAAACAAAGAGUGAAACCAUGUUUUGUGUUGACUACUUCACAAGAACAAUCAUUUAAGGACUAGACGUAGGGCUAUAUGAUAUUUAUAAAAUUAUCAUAAACAUCUGAACGGUUCAUCCAGUAAAUGUCUGACUGUAUUUGAGACGACGAUUUAGAUAUCAUAGUAACCCGGACAGAAUUGUUCAAGGGUCACUUUUUCUUUAAUAACUUUUUUAAUUUUCAGUAUUAUCAAAAUCU